AGGCACUUCCACCCGUGGCUCUGCGCUGCUUUUAACCCCAGCUGAGCAGAGCCGGUGCAGAUGCGGGGGGAGCAGGGCUCUGCAAGUCCCUCCUGCUCCUGUCGCGGGGACGAAGGACUCCUGCCGCUGGAUUUUCCCCCCUCUAUCAGUGGUCUUUAACAUGAUCACAGCAUGCAGCACAAUGCUUUAAAACAGCAAAGCUUCUGGAAAACCCAAACAAAAGGAACGUCACCAGGUGACGUCAGCCUAUAUAGAGCCCUGUGUGGUCGCAGCGCAUAAGCAAAUCCAUUCUUGUACCGCUUCCCUGAAAAGCUUUUCAGUAAAUGCACUCAUGCUACUACAGGAGCUUCUCUCAGCAAUAAGCCACCCAUCUGCCAUCAACAAGUUAGGACUAAAGGAAGCCACAGCUGCGGAAAAGGAAAACGUGAGCUUCAAUUAACCAGCUGAGCAGCCACGGAGGAUGAAAACUUGUAUUAAGAUUUAAAAAUUGCAGACCUGUCAGAGGAGAUCAAGGCAGCAGUUUCAAAAGGAAUAGUCCGAGAGCAUUGUGGAUUUUGCACUAAUAUCAAAGGACACUAAACCCAGUCAAUUAUUCAAGGCUGUCUUACAUUAGAGCCUUUCACAGACUCACGGCGUUGAGUCUCAAACUACGACUGAAUGCACCCUCCAAUGUACUCAAAAGAAUGGGCUUACAUUUCAAGUGGCCAUUAGGGGCUCGUAUGCUGGCAGCACUAUAUGCAAUGAGUAUGGUUUUAAAAAUGCUGCCUGCCUUGGGCAUGGCUUGUCCACCAAAAUGUCGCUGUGAGAAGCUGCUCUUUUACUGUGACUCUCAGGGGUUUCACUCAGUGCCAAACACCACUGAAAAGGGCUCGCUAGGUUUGUCACUGAGGCACAAUUAUAUUUCUGAACUUGAAAGGGAUCAAUUUGCAAGCUUCAGUCAACUUACUUGGCUUCACUUAGAUCAUAAUCAAAUUGCAACAGUCAGAGAAGAUUCUUUUCAAGGACUGUAUAAACUUAAGGAAUUAGUCUUAAGUUCCAACAAAAUCUUUCAUUUGCCAAACACAACUUUUAGCCAGCUGCUUAACCUGCAGAAUUUGGACCUCUCUUUUAAUCAGUUGUCCUCUCUGCACCCCGAGCUCUUCUACGGCCUUCGCAAGCUACAGACCUUGCACUUGCGAUCCAACUCCCUGCGGACCAUCCCGGUCCGCCUGUUCUGGGACUGUCGUAGCCUGGAAUUCCUGGAUUUGAGCACAAACCGCUUGCGAAGUUUGGCUCGCAAUGGAUUUGCGGGAUUAAUUAAGCUGAGGGAGCUUCACCUAGAGCACAACCAGCUGACAAAGAUUAAUUUUGCUCAUUUCCUCCGGCUGAGCAGCCUGCACACGCUCUUCUUGCAGUGGAACAAAAUUAGCAACUUGACAUGUGGGAUGGAGUGGACCUGGGGCACCUUAGCAAAGCUUGAUUUGACUGGAAACGAAAUCAAAGCCAUCGACCUCACCGUCUUCGAAACUAUGCCUAACCUUAAAACCCUCCUCAUGGAUAACAACAAGCUCACCACUCUGGAUUCCAAGAUCCUGAGCUCGCUGACUUCCCUCACCACCGUGGGCCUCUCCGGCAAUCUGUGGGAAUGCAGCCCAAAGAUCUGCGCCUUGGCCACAUGGCUGAGUGGCUUCCAAGGUCGGUGGGAGCACUCCAUCCUCUGCCACAGCCCCGACCACACCCAGGGAGAGGAUAUUCUGGAUGCGGUGUAUGGUUUUCAGCUUUGCUGGAAUUUAUCGACUGUGGUUACCCCCGUGGCUACAACGUCGUACACAGCUCCAACUACUGAGUUCACGAAAAGAAUAAGCUCUUCUCAUUUCCAUGUGGGAGACAAAGAGAUUCCAACUACGGCAGGCAUGGUCGUUACCACCGAAGAACAGUUCCCCGAGCCAAACAAUGCCAUCUUCACUCAGAGGGUAAUUACAGGAACAAUGGCUUUAUUGUUUUCUUUCUUUUUUAUCAUUUUUAUAGUGUUCAUCUCCAGGAAGUGCUGCCCUCCCACACUAAGAAGAAUUAGGCAGUGCUCAAUGAUUCAAAACCACAGGCAGCUCCGAUCCCAAACGCGGCUGCAUAUGGCCAAUAUGUCAGACCAAGGACCCUAUAAUGAGUACGAACCCACCCACGAAGGACCCUUCAUCAUCAUCAAUGGCUACGGACAGUGCAAGUGCCAGCAGCUGCCCUAUAAAGAAUGUGAAGUAUAAUACCUACAGCCCAUCACAAAGUAAAUCAGAUAAGUAACCUACUUUAAAAUUGUAGGGACCUACAUCAGAUUCUAAUUUUUACAAAUGUUGACAUAAAGCCUAAUUUUCCAAGCUACUUAAUGGAAACAUUGUUUAUGGAGUGGUGCAGUAUUUUUAAGUUUUUUAAAAAAUAAAUCCAUAAUAUUUUCAGUGUUAAAGAAGCAAUGAUUACAUUAAACUUGCACUCCUAAUGUUUAAAAGCCUAAAGAGAUGCUCACCUCAAACUAUGUAAAAUGUUUCAUGUUACGUAAUUAUAUGACUGUGUGUAAACAUUUAUAUCCAAGUCUCCAUAUUCUAAUUUUUCUACUGCAAACAGUCCAAGGGGAAGGACACUGGAUAUCUGUGCAGGAAUCUGUUCGUUCCACUGCAGCUGGAGGAUCCCAAACACUGCAGCUGGCUCGGGGCACUUUAAGGGCAGUCAGGGAGGAAGAUUUUCCUCCUCUGAGCAUUUCACUCCAGUAAGGGAAGGGAGGGAAAACAACAGGGAAAAAUGAAAAAUAGCAACAAGGGUUCAGGUGGGAAUUUCAGUGCAUUGGGGAAUACAGUUUUGCUCUGUGUGUGCUCAUGGCUCAGCCUGCUGAAAGGGACAGCAAGCACAGGAAGGAGCAGUUCACAUGGGCACAGAGCCCCAGGCAGGACGGGCACACACACACCCCCGGGCAGGAUGGGUACACACACACACACACACAGGAGCAAGAUGGGCACACAGCCCUAGGUAGGAUGGGCACACACACACACAUAGGAGCAGGAUGGGCACACACACACACACCCAGGAGCAGGAUGGGCACACAGCCCCAGACAGGACGGGCACACACACACCCCCGGGCAGGAUGGGCACACACACACACAUAGGAGCAGGAUGGGCACACACACACACACACACACAGGAGCAGGAUGGGCACACAGCCCCAGACAGGACGGGCGCACACACACACACACAGGAGCAGGAUGGGCACACAGCCCCAGACAGGACGGGCACACACACAUACCCCGGAGCAGGAUGGACACACACACACACACACAGGAGCAGGAUGGGCACACAGCCCCAGGCAGGACGGGCACACACACACACAGGAGCAGGAUGGGCACACAGCCCCAGGCAGGACGGGCACACGCACACACACAGGAGCAGGAUGGGCACACACACACACCCCUGGGUAGGAUGGGCACACACACACACACACACACAGGAGCAGGAUGGGCACACAGCCCUAGGCAGGACGGGCACACACACACACCCAGGAGCAGGACGGGCACACACACAUACCCUGGAGCAGGAUGGGCACACACACACACCCCCAGGAGCAGGACAGCUCUCCAUGUGUCCCCAGAUUGGCAGUGCAGCUUUUUUAGGGACGCUUAGCACAGCAGGAUCGAUUGGAAAUAUUAAGUACAUUCAGUCCUUGGCUCCCUGGUUUCACUUGAUGAUGCUUUACAUGAAUUCAAGCUAAUUACUUAAUGACGAUGAACAAACAGCAUUUCAACACCUUUUCAUGUGUAAAUACCCUUAAUGCAAGGUUCUCUUAAUUAAAAGCAAAUAUCAACAGCGAGGUUAAGGAGAAGAGAGAAGGAAGAAAGGAAGGAAGGAAGAAGCCUCUCUUUGUCCCCCUGCUGCCCCCCCAGCUGAGGCUUCCUCUCACUGGGAAGCUAUUUUCAUGCACUAACUCCACUGGUUUCUCUGGAGACAGAAUUAGCCCCUGUAAUAUAAGCUCUCACUUGUCCUCCUCUUCCAGAAUUCAUGAUAAAAAAAGACCCCUUCUGAUAAGUUAGGAGAAUAUGAUUAGUUUAUAGAAUAGUUCACUGAAAAAUGUUUUGUUUCUUAGUCGAUAUGGGACAGAAUCUAAACUAGUAUGACUUUUUAAAAAACCAUAUAUAAAUAUACACACACACACCUCAUUCUAAGGGGAAAUUUGGUUUCUUUAGCCAGAAGUACCAUAUUGCUAUUUAUACUGUAUUAUGGAAUUAUAUGUAAAUAUUUGCAGAUCUAUGCAGUGAUGGUGGUACUCAGAUGCCACAAGGGUGGGGGGUGGGUCUCCAAAGGAUUACAUUAUUUUUAAGUCAACUGCUCAAAUAUUGUAAACAUUCUAACCAAAGCUAAAAAGAUUCAGAGGGAUGGAAAAUUAUUUUAUAUAUAUACACAUGUAUGUAUAACUAAAAAAUGUGUUGCAUCCAAUGCUGCAGUGUUAAACAAUUACCAGCACACCCCGAUGAAGAAACAAAAUUCCUCAGAGUGUUGCCAUACCUUGACCGAAAUCCAUAAUUACAGUAUGCUAAUUGUGAUGUACCAAACAAUCCUGCAAACUUUUUAAACAGAAAAACCACUGCAUAAAAAUCUGUUUGCUAUUUCACUCUGCUCUUCUCUCUGUAUUACCACUUAGUGAGGUAUUUAGGGUACAAUUAUACAACAGUUUGAUGUUUUCUUGUGAGAUGAAUUUGUCCAAGGCAAUUAUAGCAGGAUAAGUAACUUCCGUUAAAAUUUUACAUAAAGGUUUUUCAAUUGCUGGUUUUGAAGAUAUUAAUUUACAUAAUUUUAUUUUUAUAUACAGUGCCCUUAUUAUAAAACCGAUAUUUUGUUUACUUCCCUUGACUCUGUACUUUAAUGGAAGAGAUCCAGUGAAGCCUAAUGGGAUUGCCAUAGAGAUAUCUUUGAACUCUUGUUACUGUUAAUACUAAGAUGAGUCCAUUUACACCUGUUCUGGGAAAUUAAUUACUGCUUUUAACUGACUACAAAAAAUCCUGCAGGGUAGGUGGACAAAGAGCAGAUAUUCUGGAUGAUUAAGUCCCAUAUGAGACAGAAGACCAGAGCUAAGCUGAGAAAUACAAACCCAUAUUGGUCCCCAGGGGCAUUUAGCUGACUGUAGAAAGAUUUGCUUCACUCCUUCCCAUAACUAGGUGCUCACAGAUCUCCCGAGGCCCAGGACGCUGCCCUAGGAGCAGGUGAGUGGGCAUCACUGUCCCUGUCUGUGCACCUUCCUCACCCCACACUGGCUGGCACAGGUCAGCCCUGGGAGCCUGCGAGGAGGCACUUGGGGAUGACUUCCACCUGCAGCUGCAGGGUACUGGCACAGACAAAGUUACCACUGAGCUCCUUAAUUAUCCUGGCAGCCAAAUAAUCUGGCUGUGCUGCCAUCCCCCAUCAGAUGUCACCACUGAACUCUGAUGGCCUCAGCUGCAUUAGCAGGAAGCAAUCCACCUUGCCCUGCAGGGCCUGCAGAAACCCAGGCUGUCAGACAGUUCAAGGGGUACCACCUCAGUCUUCCACAUGGGAACAAGAAGUGGCUUGAGGAGGAGCUGAGGUUCCUCCAGAGGAGGUGCUCUCCCAACAGCCCCGCUCUGUCCCACACCAUCUUUAUGAGCUUUUAAUUCCACUCAAGAAGAGCAAAGACAAGUGCUCCAGCAAUGCUGAAUUUAACCCUGUUCUCCAUCCCUGCCACUCAUGGCGAUUUUCCGAGCAUUAAAGCACUGUUCCAGUGCCUCUCCAAGCAAACCCACCCAGGCACCCAAGUUCUCCCUCCCACCAGCACUCCCAGUUUCCACUGGUCCUGCAGUGCCUGGCUUGCAGACAGCAGAGCAGGAGGCCAGCAGGCACAGUCCAGCACAGUUCCCAUUCCCUCUCUGUACCCCACACUAAUCCACAGCCAAUCUCCCAAAAUCCGUGGUUUACGUCUACUAUUUCCAAAUCCAUUUGUUGUCAGAUUCCAGGCAUUAGCAAAGCAAUUCAGCAAACAUUACAUUUAGGGUAACAGGUAUCAUAAAACUCGCAGAACGUCAAACAGUAGCAGUGAAGUCAACUUGAAUUCCCUGCGGAGGGACAGCGAGCACCAGGCAGAGCCAUCGCUCUGCACAAGGACAUGGCCAGAGGCUGUUAAUUUUUUUUUUUUUUUUUUUUUUUAAUUACUGUCUUCCAUUCGCAAUUGCUUGUGACUCUUCCAGGCAAGGAGGGGAUUGGAAUAGUUGUGCUACUCAGCAGUCCCUGAUUUAUUUUGUUGAUGGAACAAGAACCACGAUGAUUUGGUUUAAAUUAAUCGUAUUUCAGUACAAGCACUGAUGACAGGAGCUUGUUAACCUGCCCUCCCCAAAUAACAUCUCUGCUGCACAGCCUCGAACUGUACAGAUCCUGCAUUGCUUACAGGCGCUUCAACACCUCCAGGCACAACCUCAGAGGUCUCUGGAUCUUUUAGAAACAGUACUGCUCUUAUACUGCUCUUAAGGUUUUUGUCCCAUCCAAAGAUGUCCAUCCUCGCUGAUCUCCAGGCAGCUUCCCCUGCUCCCCCAUCCUCAUGCCAGUGGAAAGCAAACCCAGCAGCACAAGUUCAGGUUUUGAGUCAUGCUCCGGGAACAGGCUGAAUUAAUGCUCCCAGUUAGUCUCUCUGCAUUAGAUCAGUGUUUAAAUGCACACAAGUAAAAAUUACUUGAUGAAGGGUGAAAUGGGUGAGUGCUCAGUCUCCAGCUGAAGUGCUCCUCUGCACUGAGCUCCCACUCCCUAUCAGAUGGAAACAUAAUGAAUGCUGCUCCAUCGGUGUUUGGUUUUGUUUGCUUCUUCCCCAAGCAGAAACAAUCUGAUUUUUCAGUGAUCAGCCACAUGCAAAUCUGAGCUUCUGUCCCAUUACUCCCUUACAAGACAGGGGCCUAUCGCUGCCUUGUAAAAUCAGAAACAUCCUGCGGCUUUAAACCAGAAAUCUGCACUACACACUUAUUUCUAAUGUGUCUAAGAUAAUUUCUGUACUACUUUAAUGGAAAUAAAGUUGAUUUAAUUUUGUGAUCUGUGUAGCUAUCAAAAUCCAUCUGUUCAGACCUAUGAAACUUACCCAGGAGCUUCUGAAUUUCAUUUUUCUUAUGAAGUUUUCCAUAAAAAUUAAACAAGUUCAGAGGGGGAUACAGAAUUUCUCCUCCCCCCCAAAAAGGAACAAGCAAGGAAACAACAGAAACCAAAGGCAGCAACUCCUCCCUCCCCACACCCUCCUCCACUGCAAAUGUCCCAGAUGCUAAAAUUGGUGCUGGGCUCUGCUUUUUAAGGCACCAGUUAGCAGGAUGCUUAGAGAUAAUUUCAGAAUCAGCUGGAAAUUCAGCUUUUCACAUCUACUGUAAAAAUCUUCUGAGAGGCAUCUAGGGAAAGGUACCCGAGGCUUUGACGGGUAUAAUCAGGCCUCAGACGGGGUCAAACACCGUGGUACACCACUGUGUAAGCAGGUUGUACACCACUGUGUAAGCACUGAGAAGCUAUCCCUGCCACCUCCCAGCCACUCCUUUGUAAAAAGCCAAACAAAACCUAUUUUUCUUUUUACUAAUGAAAAUACUACUAAGUGAACUAUUCUACCAGCUUAGCAACCCAAGAUUACAGAGAGUCCUAGAUGUGUUGUGUUUAAAUUAUGUUUCAAGAGCCAGUUUCUGGUGGGAGGGGGUGUGAGUAAUGGAGUAAAACAAGUGCAGUGUA